AUGAGUAAAGAACUUCCGUGCGAUCCGUUUCAACAUGGCUCAUGCGUUAGAGAAAGUGUACGCAGUUUGCCUAAAGGACAUUUUGAACAAAUUCGACAAAUGUUUGAUUCAAAACAACGAAUAAAACAUCAAAUGGCACAGCAAGAAAAUUCAAUAAAAAAUACUAUCAAUAUAAAUGUACAAUCUGAUCAAUCAUCGUCUCAUCGUUUACAAAAUUCUUUUUCAUCUGCUGAUAAACGAAGAAAAGUUUCUUUAUCUUCGUCGUUCGCAUCCGUCCCAGAAGAGCCAGUCUCUAUUGAUCCUCUAAAAUCUAAACAAAAUAACGUACUAAAUUUACCCGUAACUGAUGAUGAAAAAUUAAAACAGACUAAUUGUGUUUUAUCAUCGUCAUCUAAUACAACAAAUAUCGAUGAUUUAGAAAUAUCUGAAAGUGAUAAACGAACAAUUGAAGAGAGAUAUCGUGAUUAUCUAUAUGAAUAUAAAAAAUUUCGAAUUAAACUUGCUCAUGAACUACUACAACACAAUCAAAAAUUUCCUGCAAAAAAAAUGAAACCAUUAUCUCCAAUACAAUCAAGACUAAAACAGUCAAUAUCUUCACUAACAGAUUGUUCAAAACAAUUAUCAAAAGAUGAAAAUAAACAUGAUGAAAAAAGAAUAAAACGUGAAAAUAAUAAUGAACAACAACAACAAUAUUCAACAAUAAAAGUAGAAUAUGACGAUUUGAACACCAUUCCAAUUUUAUUACCAUCUACAUCGACGAAUAAAAAGCUUGACAGUAGUCAUAUAGUGUUAAAAAAUAGUAAAUCAUUACCUACAAACUCUACAAGUAGUGAAUUAUUUAAAGAACACAAAAUUCCAAUUUAUUAUACAUCAUUAGAAGUUGGAAACAUUACCAAAGACUCUAUGCAAGAUUCAUCUUCUCUUGAAAAACAGAAAAGUGGUUAUCUCUCAUUUUAUCAGGACAGUAGUCGUCUAGUAGAAGACAAUAAUAUUAAGCCUAUGGCAUCUACUCGUCAAUUUGUCUCGACUAUAUCACGAUCAAAAUCAACUUUGAAUAGUGGCGGUAGUGAUGAUUCUUCUUCUCACAUUGAUUUUUCACCAUUAAAUAAAUAUGAGCCAAAAGCGUCGACAGUAAUGUUACAUGUUAAACCCGUUUUAGUUACAAAACGUCAAAUGACGCCACCACCCCUGUUGCCAACAACUACAAACGGUAAUAUAUAUGAUAUUGUUCAAUCGAACGAAGAUUAUCCUGAUGGAGACUAUAUGGCAAUGAAAAAUGAUUCAUCAUUAAGAUCUAUAAAUAGUAAUUCGAGAUUAUAUUCGUCGACAUCAUUAUCGGCUGAGUCAACGAGUUAUGAUUCAAAUUCAUCGCCAGCCCCAUCUAUUAAAUCAAAAUAUUCAAAUAGUUUUUAUAAUGGAAUUGAUAAUUCAGCGUCAUUGAGUUCAAGUUCAAGCGACGAAAGAACAAAAGCAAAUAAAUGGUUAUUACCAGAACAAAAACAAGAUCUAUUAAAUCCUUCAAAGAUCCAGUCAACAUGUUACAGUCAAUGUUAUGAUACUCUUCAAAUAAAAGAUAUCAACGAUGAAGUAUUCUAUGAUCAUCCACUAAAUAGAACUAUAAUGAAAGUUUCGAAUUCGAAUUUGCCGCCAAAAUCACCUCUUCGAUCAAGAAAUACACGACCAUCUCAACAAGAUAUUUCAUCGAUGUCAUCCACAUCUUCGAUCAUUAGUGGAACAGGAACAGCGAUUCGUGAUCGAAUAUCAAUGUUAGAGAAUUUAGCAACAACGUCAACGAAAAGUGGACGAAGGAAUUCGUCAUCACAUGGAGAACAAUUUAGACAAAUGAAGGCACAAACAACGCUUCGAAAACCAUCAUUCGAAAUUCCUACCACAUCUUACGUCGUUCAGACCACAAUAUUUCCCGUUUCUUGUUCUCCUGCUUCAGAAGUAAUUCCCACUGGUGUGGGUUUAACAAGUAGAAUUAUUGAUCAACAGCAACAGCAACAACAACAAUCAAACAAGAACUCACAGGGAAAUAAUUCUCAUGGGGAACGUCUUGAAAUUUCCACUCCCCUAGCCAUCAGUACACUCGAUCGCAAUUUGUCAAAGAAAAAACAACUUUCAUCAACAAGUUCAACAGGUUUCAUCUAUGAUUCGUCGUCUCACACGCUUAGCAAUAGCGUUAAUGAUUUGUGUACGCUAGUGGUGGAACCAAAAAUUUAUGAUAUCCGAAAUAGUUUUACUGCAUCAAAAAAGGUUGAAGAUUAUGCUCAGAAGCCAUUACCAGUUGUGUCAAAUCCUGUUUAUCAACCACCUUCAUUACCUCCGCAAGCACCUAAAAAACCCCCGAGAACAUUUGAACAAAAUCACUAUGAAAAAUUGUCAGGAAUCGUUGGAAAAACACAACUAGCCUCGUCAUUAUCUUCGAAUUCGUCCAAUUCGUCCACAGCAAGUGAUUCACCCACAUUCGAUUUAGGUGCUCGUUCAAUCAGUUGUAUGGAUUUAACAGCUGGCGUCUCGAAUGUACUCACCUCCACCGGUCCUGCAUCAUUUUUAAACUCUGCAAAAUUGGAAAAUACUUAUGAGUUAAAAACUCCUCUCUCAACCACAUCAAAGAAGAAGAAAGAUUUUUUCAAUGAAAAAGACGAUGACGUUGUAUUUCGUUCAAAGACCAAACAGCCUUCUAAGAUAAUCACAAAAACGACUAAAAGUGGUAUCAUGAAAAAGGGCAUUAGCGAACCAAAUUUAGCUAUAUCAAAACAGAGUAAAGGCACACUAUUUUCACCUCGUAAUCUCUUCGAUCGUUUCAAACGAAUAGUAUCUCUAUCGAAGACAUCUCUGAAUACUCCGGAAACACCACAAAUCGGACAAGAUGGAGAUAGCGAUGAUUCUAUUUCAACCACCGAUAAUUUAGAUGAAAUUCGUUCGUCGCGUUUAGAUCAUGUUAGUCGAAUUAAAAAUUUUUAUGAUUCAUUGGGUGGUGGACAUACUAAUAGUCUCUACGUUGGAGGAGGUAGCGAACAUCUGAGAGAACAGAUCACUACACUCUAUGAUUAUGUUGUUUUAAUAAUACCAGAAUUUGGAUAUUUCGAAAAUGGAAACGGAGUGGCAUUAACAAAUAAUGGUUCCUCUCAUUCUUCAUCGUCCUGUGUUAAAUUCAAAUAUCCAAUUGACGCUAAAGAUGAGCCAACGUUAGGCCACUUUUGUUUUCCUGAAUGGGACUCUAAUUCUACGUCGUAUACAUCGCCUCUAAUUACACGUCUCGAUCAAAACAAUAACAACUUCACGAGUAGUCCACUACUGACAAAAAAAAAAUUUUCUCCCGAAUAUUUCCGUUUUACUCUCACGGAUAUGUUUGGUCAACGUCAACAUGGGUAUUGUUCACGAUUUUUGCAUAAAGGCACUGUGAAUGCACUGUGUAUCAUGUCUCCCUAUGAUAUGCUCGAGUUUUAUUUUCAUAUAUUAUCGCACGCAACUGAUUAUUUUUUAUCGUAUAAAGAUGAGGACGCACGAAAAUUUCUCAAAGAAAUUUAUCCACAUAAGACUCCGACACGUGGUGAUUCGAUUAGUAUUCAAACACAAACAUCAGGAUUAUUUACACUUAAAUGCGAAUAUGAUCGGCGAAAAGAAUUGAUUGAUUCACAAGGUUUAUUAAAUUUAUCAACGGGUAAUAGUGAAUUAAGUAUAUUAACGAAACUGAUCAAUACCUUCAUUUGUCUUUUAUACCCAUUUUCAUGGCCACAUACGUACGUACCCAUAUUACCUCGUUUAAUGUUAGACAUCUGUCAAGCACCAACGCCUUACAUCGUUGGUAUUCUACGUUCAUGCGAAUAUUAUUUAAAUUUAAAUCAAGAAUUAUGUAAUCAAGAUAUUUUAAUUAUCGAUCUUGACAACGAUAAAGUUAGAACUGUUGAUGAGUAUGCAACAAAUAUAAAUAACGGUACAAUGUCAUCACAGACAGACGUGGAUCAAUUGCUCAAGUCAACACGCACGUCAACGGAAAAUUUAUCGCAUUUUCAACAUCAAAUUUUACCAAAAAUGUUUAAAAUUGAUUUAAAAAGUGAAUUACAACAAUUACGAAAAUUAAAGCAGACAAUAUCGCUAGAUGAAUGUCAAAUGCGUAUUCGUCAAUGUUUCAUGUCCAUAUUUGUACGAUCAUGUUAUAAUUAUAAAGAUUAUCUAACGACAACCUCAACUUCAAACUAUCUGACAAAUACAACCACUUCUCAGUCAGCUAUAUUCAAUUUUGACGGAUUUAUACAAUCGAAAAAGCAACAACAAUCCAGUCAAUUAUUUUUAGAAUGGUUUACUCGUACCCAAUUAUUUGAAGUGUUUAUCCGUGAAAAGUUUGAUUUUGUCCAAGAUAAUAAAUUAUAUGCUGUUACGUUUGAUGAAUCCUGUCUGGAGUAUUCUCGACAUUUGAAAACUCAACAACAACUCCAAACAAAACAAAAACCAAAAGUAACAGUUAAAUCGGUAAAACGAAAAGCAAAUCAGAAAUCACAUAAUACUAACAAUAUUACAACAAAAAAAUUAUAA